CAAGAAUAACCGAUGUUUGGGUAAGGUGAAUAUUUACAUUAGCAGUAGGUUUGAAUUACCAGGUUAGCCAACAUUGCGCUCUUUGAGAAAAUGGAUAUCGUUUAAACACACUAACAUCGCAUGUUAGAAUGUAAAACACAGUCGGGUUUUCUCGCUAAAAUCACAGUCUUCACCAGCAUGUUCUAGCUAGCUAAGCUAGCUGCUAUUUAUGAGCAUAUUCAUUGAGUGGUGUUACGUUAGCUAGCCAGUUAGCUGCACCAUUACUCCCAUGUCCAAAGUUCAAGGCAGAGUUACGUCACUGUAUCUGUAAAAGCUAAACUGUAUACCAAAGUGAUUGAAGCAAAAACCAACAGUGUGCUCACACCACAAACGGAUUAUUAUUCUGUGCCACUGCCUGUCCCUGAAGGAUUUGUCCUUUCAAAAUAAACAGCUUGGCAUAGCAAGAUAUUUGCCAGCAGUCUAGCCUGCACAGUAUUCAUAGAGGUGUCACUGUGGAUAAAGGCUAACUGCAAGCCUGUCAGAAAUACAGUCUUAUCACUAUAGCAGGGAUAGCGUCUAUUCUUAUGAAAACAAUUUCACUUAGCCUAUGUUAAUUAUGAAUCUCUCUCAAAAUGAACAGGUAUUCCAAUGUGACCAUUGUGUGGCUUGACAUCAUGAGGAUGGACUUUUUAUGAGGAUUAGCUUUGAGCAGCAUAGUGUCCCAUCAUGUUGCCAGGGGCAGUACGUCACUCAGUCCCUCUGUGGCGCUCUGCUUUGGCCUCUGGCUGCUUGCAGUGUGAGUCAGGGCCAGGGAGAUGGCUGCUGAGACAGGUCCUGAGGAGAGCAUACACCUCCACAAGAGCAAGGCAGGCUGCAGCAGGGGACAGUGCCCCUGUGUUUUCCAGAGCCCAAGUGUACAGGGACAAGCUGGCCAUAGUGGACGACAGUGGGAGCCACAGCUACAGGGACUUGUACGGCAGUAGUAGGGGCCUGGCUGGGCGUAUCAAGGCAGCUCUGGACUGUCCCUCUGGGGACCUGCAGGGGAAGCGCAUCUCCUUCCUGUGCGCCAACGAUGCCUCGUACACGGUAGCCCAGUGGGCAUCCUGGAUGUGUGGCGGCACGGCCGUGCCUCUCUACAGGGAGCACCCUCCGUCUGAGCUGGAGUACAUCAUCUCUGACUCCCAGAGCUCCCUGCUGGUGGCUGGGCAGCCGUACGCAGACACCAUGGAGCCCCUCGCCCACAGACUGGGACUGCCCUACCUGCAGCUGCCCCCCACCUCCAGCCUCAGCUCCCUGCUGGAAGCCCCAGAGAACCAACCUGAGCCUGGCAUCACAGACUGGGCCCAGCGUCCUGCCAUGAUCAUCUACACCAGCGGCACCACAGGCAGGCCCAAAGGGGUUCUCCACACUCACAGCAACAUUCAGGCCAUGGUUCAGGGUCUGGUGUCAGAGUGGGGCUGGUCCAGAGAUGAUGUCAUCCUUCACACCUUGCCCCUGCACCACGUCCACGGCAUCGUCAACAAGCUGCUCUGUCCUCUCUGGGUGGGUGCCACCACCGUCAUGCUGCCUACCUUCCAGCCUCAGAAGGUAUGGGAGGUCCUGCUCAGCUCCAAGGCUCCUAUGGUGACUGUGUUCAUGGCUGUUCCAACCAUCUACUCCAAGCUGAUCCAGCACUAUGAGCAGCACUUCACCCAGCCACGUGUCCAGGACUUUGUCAGGGCUGCCUGCAAGGAGAGAAUCAGGCUGAUGGUGUCUGGCUCGUCCGCCCUGCCCCAGCCCACCCUGCUACGCUGGGAGGAGAUCACAGGACACACCCUGUUGGAGCGCUACGGCAUGACAGAGAUAGGCAUGGCCCUGUCCAACCCCCUGAAGGGUCCUCGCAUCCCAGGUGCAGUCGGUGUCCCUCUUCCAGGAGUGGAGGUUCGUAUUGUCAUGACGAACGCAACCAGCACCACCAUCGCCGAGGGCAACAGCAGAGAAACUCAGGUGCGUCCAGGGUUGGAGGGGAAGGAGGGGGAGCUGAUGGUGCGAGGAGACCAGGUCUUCACAGAGUACUGGAACAAACCAGAGGCCACCAGGGAGUCUUUCACUGAGGACGGCUGGUUCAAAACGGGGGACACAGCGGUCUAUAAGAAUGGAGUGUACUGGAUCAUGGGCCGCACAGUGGACAUCAUAAAGAGUGGAGGCUAUAAGAUCAGUGCUCUGGAGGUGGAGCGACACCUGCUAGCCCACCCUGAUAUCACAGAUGUGGCUGUGAUUGGUGCUCGGGACGCCACCUGGGGACAGAAGGUGACAGCGGUGGUGCAGCUGAAGAGGGGGCGGAGCAUGACCCUGUCAGAGCUGAAGACCUGGGCCAGAGAGCACAUGGCUCCAUACACCAUCCCUACAGGCCUGGUCCUUGUGGAGGAGAUGCCAAGGAACCAGAUGGGGAAGGUCAACAAGAAGGACCUACUCAAGCACUUCUUCCCCAGCUAACUAGUAGAGAAGCCUGCACCUCCUUCAUGGCCCACCUCCUCCACGACACCUCCUUCCAGCAGGAGCAGAGACCCUCCUCAUACUACAGUGAACCAUUGAGAUGAGCUCCAAGUGACUGACUCACCAGACAGUGGUCUGGGGAAGAAUGAAGAGACCUCAUUGAGGAUCCCACUAACUACACCACUGACCCCACUCAGCUCUGAGUUACCGUAGGACUGUUCACUGCUGGGCCUGGAGGCACUGAGCUCAACAGUGCUGUCUUACACGUGAUUAAACUGCUGUGGAGAUAUAUUUAGUUUGGCUGCCAUGACAGAGAACUGAUUUAAUACGAUAAGGCUGCGGUGCCUUCUUUAAAGACUGAGUGCUGCGAUCAUUAGCAUGACUGGGUAUCAUGGCAUGAAUAAUUAUGCCAACACACAAGUACAUUAAGAAACCGUGAAAAUGAUAAGAGCAGCAAGAGAUCCUUGACAUUAUACACAGAAGAAGAGAGGGGAGUACAGUGCAUUCUUAAAUUGCUUAUAAUUACAAUCCAGAUGGAUACCCUUGAAUUGGCAAUGAAGUUUAUUUUAAUGUAAUAAAAUGGAUGAUGUAUGGAAAGGCC